AUGGCCAAGUACCUGGCCCAGAGCAUCAUGAUGGGCAUGCAGGUGGUGGGCAGGGCCUUUGCCAGGGCCCUAUGGCGGGACUUUGCUGCCAGCCGGGCAGCAGCUGAUGCCCAGGGAUGUGCUAGCCCUUAGUGUGCUGCUGCCUCCAACCUCUCUGGCCUCAGCCUGUAGGAGGCCCAGGAGAUUCUCAACGUCUGCAGGCUAAGCCCUGAGAGGAUCCAGAAGAACUACAAACAUUUGUUCAAGGUGAAGGACAAGUCUGUGGGCGGUUCCUUCCACCUGCAGUCCAAGGUGGUCUGCGUGAAGGAACGCCUCAACCAGGACCUCAAAAUCCAGGCCAAGGGGAACAGAGAGAAGGAGCAGGCACCUAGGAUGGGACCACCAUGCUCCCCGCCCCUCCCCCCGCCCCUCUAA